AUGCGCGAUCUCUCGACAAAACUUGUCCAUGAUGUCUAUUUGAGGAACCGAUCAACCAGGCUCAACUGGUUCAAGCGAUUCAGCGUCAAAUUCAAAUUUCACGAACAGGACAUGAUGAGUGAAAUAUCGAAAGCUUUUGUCAAAAAGUAUAAUGGCGUUUGGACGUGUUUAGCAGGUCCUAAUAUCGUUUACGGGACGUAUCCGAGACCGCAAAACUUCAUUCAAUUCGACAUUAAAGAGUACUUCGGAUGCAAG